ACAAAGCCCUUACUCGAUUCAUCUGACACCCCCAUCGUUGAUUGCCUCCAUCUCGCUCUCUGUUCAUCUCUGCGUUUCGAACAAUAUUCUGUUGGAUCUAAAAAUGGCGAUGGCUGGCCGAUUCAGAUCAACCGUUCCUCGUGUUGCUAAAUCUCUGAUGUCCGAUUCUCUCUCAACUCACAGAUCAACCGUCCAACGAUCUUUGCUGUGCUCUAAUUUCACCGAUCCACAGCAAUCAAGGAACUUUUCCUCUGCUUCUCCAUCGAAGGAACCAAAGAUUAAGGUUCCUGUGGCUAUGUUUGGUGGAUCCGGAAACUACGCAUCCGCAUUAUUCAUUGCAGCAGCAAAAGCCAAAGCAUUGGACAAGGUUGAAUCAGAGCUUAUUGAUCUUGUUGCUGCUACUGAGAAAUCUCCUACUUUUUCUCAGUUCAUGAAGGAUUUGGCGGUCCCCGCAGAUACUCGGGUCAAAGCUGUCACUGAGAUCUGUGAUCAAGCUAAAUUUUCAGAAGUAACAAAGAAUUUCUUAAUUCUUUUGGCUGAUAACGGGAGGCUCAGACACGUUGACACCAUCGCAAAGAGAUUUUCAGACCUCACCAUGGCACAUAGGGGCGAGAUCAAAGCUAUAGUUACCACUGUCAUUCCACUUCCUGCUGAAGAGGAGAAAGAACUGAAAGACACUUUACAGGAGAUUCUUGGUAAAGGGAAGAAGGUUAACCUUGAACAGAAGAUUGACCCCAGUAUUCUUGGUGGGAUUGUGGUAGAAUUUGGUCAAAAGGUUUUUGACGCGUCAAUAAAGACUAGGGCAAAGCAAAUGGAGAGGUUCUUGCGGAAUCCCGUCAACUUCGAUGUCUAAACAAGGUCUGUUGUUCUUUGUAUUCUGAGUUUACUAUCUUGCCCUCAAGAAAGGACGCCUUUUGUUUCUUGUUUUUAUUUUCCCUUGAUUCGGGUCAAUGUUUAACCCGCUUCUUUUCCAGAUUAUGGUGUUUUUUAGUUUGCAAAUAAAAAUCCAUUGAGAAGCUUUCACAUGCUUUUGGCAGACGACAUGUUUGAAUAUUUUCUUGGGCCAUCAUGUUCCAGAUUUUCUGGUGUCUUAA